AUGACUAAGAAUUUUGCUCUAUCUCUUGAAUUACCAUGGGUAGAGAAAUAUCGUCCCCAUAAAUUGGAUGAUAUAGUAGGGAAUGAAGAAACCGUGGAAAGAUUGAAGCUUUUAGUUGAAGAUGGAAAUAUGCCACACAUGAUUAUUUCUGGAUUGCCAGGUAUAGGUAAAACUACGUCUAUACAUUGUCUUGCAUACGAAUUAUUGGGACCUGAAUUGUAUCAGCAGGCUACGCUAGAAUUGAAUGCAUCGGAUGAUAGAGGUAUUGAUGUUGUUCGUAAUAAAAUCAAACAGUUUGCACAGACCAAGAUUCUGUUACCAGCAGGUAGACAUAAAAUAAUCAUUUUGGAUGAAGCUGAUUCCAUGACACCAGGUGCCCAACAGGCGUUAAGAAGAACGAUGGAAAUUUAUUCGAAUACCACUAGAUUUGCAUUUGCUUGUAAUCAAUCACUGAAAAUUAUUGAACCAUUACAAUCUCGUUGUGCCAUAUUGCGUUAUACUAAGUUAUCAGAUGAGCAAGUAUUAGAACGUUUGUUGGAAGUAACAAAGUUGGAGGAUGUAAAGUAUAAUUCUGAGGGAUUACAAGCGUUAAUAUUCACUGCAGAAGGUGACAUGAGACAAGCCAUAAACAAUUUGCAAAGUACAGUUGCAGGCUUUGGGUUUGUAAAUGAUAUUAAUGUAUUUAAAAUUGUCGACCAGCCUCAUCCAUUAGUUAUCAAGAAAAUCUUAGCCAGCUGCUGUUCGAAUAAGGGGGGAAAUAUUGACGAAGCUCUUGAAUUAUUGGAUAAUUUAUGGGAAAAGGGUUAUUCUGCUAUAGAUAUUGUUACUCUGUCGUUCAGGGUAGCCAAAACAUUACCAGGAAUAAGCGAACUGAAGCGUUUAGAUAUGAUAAAGGAAAUAGGAUUCGUUCACAUGAGAGUUUUAGAAGGUGUGUCUUCGUACUUACAACUUUGUGGGUUAUUCGCCAAGCUCUGUGAUUUAUAA